GCUUAUAAAUAGGAGAAGGGAACACUCCCUGCGCCGCUGAGCCCACAAGGGUUGGUGAAGGUCGCUUCUUCUUCUUCCCUCUGUCGCCGCGAGGGAAGAGGAAGCGAGAGAUCGAAGCUUCCUCCGCACUCUAAUUCGAUCGUCUUCCUCGAGAAGAAGGGGGCUAUUCACCAUGAAGGCACUAAUUCUAGUUGGGGGCUUUGGUACCCGCCUUCGGCCUUUGACGCUCAGCGUGCCUAAGCCUCUUGUUGAUUUUGGCAACAAACCCAUGAUCUUGCAUCAGAUUGAAGCCUUGAAAGAUGUUGGCGUGACUGAAGUCGUCCUAGCCAUAAAUUACCAACCAGAGGUUAUGCUUAGCUUCUUGAAGGACUUUGAGAGUAAGCUUGGCAUCAAAAUUACCUGCUCCCAAGAGACUGAGCCACUUGGCACUGCGGGUCCUCUGGCUCUAGCUAGAGACAAGCUUAUAGAUGGGUCCGGUGAACCCUUCUUUGUCCUAAACAGUGAUGUCAUUAGUGAAUAUCCUUUUGGAGAGCUAAUAAAAUUCCACAAAACUCAUGGUGGAGAAGCUACCAUAAUGGUGACCAAGGUCGAUGAGCCAUCCAAGUAUGGUGUUGUAGUCAUGGAAGAAGAAACUGGAAAGGUUGAGCGGUUUGUAGAAAAGCCAAAAAUAUUUGUGGGUAACAAAAUUAAUGCUGGAAUCUACUUACUAAACCCCUCUGUUUUAGACCGGAUCGAGCUAAAACCUACUUCGAUCGAAAAAGAGGUUUUCCCGCGAAUUGCAGCUGAUCAAAAGCUAUAUGCGAUGGUCCUCCCUGGCUUUUGGAUGGAUAUAGGUCAACCAAAAGAUUACAUUACCGGACUAAGGCUUUAUCUCGAUUCCCUUAAAAAGAAAUCACCCUCAAAACUAGCCAGUGGGCUACAUAUUGUCGGAAAUGUUUUAGUCCAUGAAAGUGCAGUGAUCGGAGAAGGAUGCUUGAUUGGGCCUGAUGUGGCUAUAGGACCGGGAUGCGUGGUGGAGCCUGGUGUUAGGCUGUCGAGGUGCACAGUGAUGCGUGGAGUGCGGAUCAAAAAGCACGCGUGUGUCUCUAGUAGUAUUAUUGGGUGGCACUCUACAGUGGGGCAGUGGACCCGGAUCGAGAAUAUGACUAUUCUUGGAGAGGAUGUGCAUGUGGGUGAUGAGAUAUAUAGUAAUGGUGGGGUGGUUCUCCCUCAUAAAGAAAUCAAAUCAAGCAUUUUGAAGCCUGAGAUUGUCAUGUGAGCAGACAAAAUGUAAAGAAUUGCGAGUACCGUCAAGUAAAAUUAGUUCGGCGUCUCUCCCUAUACUAAAAUUAUGCAUGCUUAGCUUGUUUGUCUUGUUCUCUUGAAAGCCUCAAGCUUGUAGAUAGGGUAUAAUAUGUCAGAGUCAUGAGAAGAUUGUGUUGUGUUGUACUUUCGUUAUAGUUCGUCGUCGGAUCGGUUGUGUUAUUUCUUUGUUUCCUUCCCCUGCUGCAAGUGUAAUAAUGAAAGGGCGAGUUUUUCGCAAUAAGUUGUCGUUAAAGCCUUUUUCAUUUCUAUAAUUAUUAGCUUGUUGAAUUGUUUACUUGAUAUGUAUCAUUGAGACCAACAAUCUCUCAUGUUUCUUUUGUAAUUUAAUGCAAUUUUUGCUGCUUGUGCUGGGGUUUGACU